AGAGAGCGGGCGCGUAUUACCGCGACGGGCGGCCGGUCGCGCCUACCCGAGCGCGGGGAGGGGAGGGGACGAGGAGAGGUGGAGUGAAGUCUUCUGUCCCGCGCAGUGGCUGCUGGGUGCCCCCACGCCUUCUUUUCCUCGCUUCUCCCCGCCCCCCCCACCCCCCCUUUCCGCCUCCCCCGCCCCCCGCCCCGGCCGCCAGCCCCAUUCUGUCCCUGGCGUGACUCGGCACGUCGGCCGCGGUGAGGAGAAUCCGCCGCGGCGUCAGCGCGUCUUCGUCCCCGCUUCCCCGGGGCGUCCUCCCUCCUCGGUCCGGAAGCCGGUGGUGCUGCGGCCUCGGCUCCCUGCAGGCCCCUCCCGCGACCAUGGUGGGAGUAAAGGUGGUCGGGACGGACCCGGAUUUCCAGCCGGAGCUGAGCGGCGCGGGCUCCAGACUCGCCGUGGUCAAGUUCACCAUGAGAGGUUGUGGACCAUGUUUACGGAUAGCACCUGCUUUCAAUGCUCUGAGCAAUAAGUAUCCACAGGCAGUUUUUUUGGAAGUGGAUGUACAUCAGUGCCAGGGAACAGCUGCCACCAACAAUAUAUCAGCAACACCCACAUUUCUCUUUUUUCGAAACAAAGUGCGAAUCGACCAGUAUCAAGGAGCAGAUGCUGUGGGAUUAGAAGAAAAAAUUAAGCAACACUUAGAAAACGACCCUGGAAACAACGAAGACACGGAUAUCCCCAAAGGCUAUAUGGAUUUAAUGCCCUUUAUUAACAAAGCUGGAUGUGAAUGUCUUAAUGAAAGUGAUGAGCAUGGAUUUGAUAACUGUUUACGCAAAGACCCUUCCUUCUUGGAAUCUGACUGUGAUGAACAGCUGCUUAUUACUGUGGCUUUCAAUCAGCCUGUUAAGCUUUAUUCCAUGAAAUUUCAAGGGCCAGAUAAUGGUCAGGGUCCUAAGUAUAUAAAAAUCUUUAUCAAUCUACCCCGGUCUAUGGAUUUUGAAGAGGCAGAAAGAAGUGAACCAACUCAAGCCCUGGAACUAACACAAGAUGAUAUUAAAGAAGAUGGUAUUGUCCAACUUCGUUAUGUUAAAUUCCAAAAUGUUAACAGUGUAACUUUAUUUGUUCAGUCCAAUCAAGGUGAAGAAGAAACAACAAGAAUUUCGUAUUUUACAUUUAUUGGUACUCCAGUUCAAGCCACAAAUAUGAAUGACUUCAAACGAAGAAUACACAUUGGCAAGUUGAGAGGUAUCAACCUGUGAAACCAGUAGUUGGUAAGAAAGGAGAAAGCCAUUAAGAUGCAGAAGACACUGGAAAGACCUUAUUGCAAUCAAAAUGGAUCUUCACUUUAUCUACGGCUCCUGGAUAAUUGCUUGACCCUAGCCAGAGACUGUCAAUGUUUCCUUUAAUGCCAUUACCAAUAAAUCAUUGCUUUUGUUCAGAUGGUUUCACUAGUGUUUCUAUUGUAAUCUUGAUACAUGUAUUUGUAAAUAAAAGUCAUUACUUUUGCCAAAUUUAAUUUUUGUCAUUUUAAGUAUGUAAGAAUUUUUACUUUCCAUUAGUUUUGAAAUUUUCUGGCUUCUGAUUUUAGGAGACUUAAUAUAUCCAGUGUUAUACUGGCAGACAGUUGACUUUCUAAAGUGGAGAAACUGUCAUAAUUAAGGGUUAUCUGUUUUUGAGAAAGUACCGGUUUAAUACAAUAAAAAUUUGAAAUGCAAGGGACUGGUAAGAAUGGAUUUUGAAGUGCCCAUGUUUGUAUUAUGUAAUAUUUUUAUUAAAGAACAGUUGGUUAUCUAGGGAAAUAGGAAUUUUACAUGAUCUUUUGAAUAGACUUAAGAUUCAACUAUCUACAAAUGUUACCUGCAAACUAUUAGAUAACAGGACUGAAAAUUCCUGGGUCUAAUCAUUUACCACACCAAGAUUUUUAUGCCUUCUGAAUCAUUUGUGAGUCACCAUUUCAUUUGUUGUGGCUAUAUGGACGUUAAUCAUUAGGUAAAAAUAUAGUACUUGAAAUUAAAAGUCUUUUAGUGUCAUUAAAUAAAGUUAUUUCUAUUAUUUCCUUCAUUUAACAAAUAUUCGUUGUGUUCACUGCCUAAAUACACAAUACGGAUAUAGAAAUGAUGGUUCAGGGGUAAAAUACCAAAGGAAGGAAGAGUAUGCCUGGAAUAGUGAAAUAUGUAUAUCCACUUAAAGGAUGCUUCAAAAACAAUUUGGAGAACUUGGGCAGGUUAUCUCUGAGGAACCAAAGUUUGAUGUCAUCUUGAGCUGUAAUCUUAAAGCAUUGGUAAAUUUACUUUAAAAAUAUCCCUGAGUAUUUUUAAAAUUGAAUGACUAUAUAAGAAUACACAUGACACAUGUAGUUGUAUAGUUAAAAUAAUUGAGUAAUAUCAAUCUGGUUUUUGGGGAUAUGUGUCUAGGAACAGAGUAGAGAUUCUGUUUUGUAUAGAAAUAGGUUUAACUUUGGCUUUGGGAGAUUAAUAUGUUUAAAUAUAUAGCUUUCUGGGUGUAAGUCGUGCAGAAAGCCUAACAUUUAUUUCAUGAAACACAUGUACCAGUAGAAAUUUCUCAUUUUUAUGUACUGUUGCACAUUAAAUGGACUAUAGUGAUGCCUUUAUUUCUUAUGUACUUCUUAGCUAUGUUGCCUUGGGUGAAGUAGAGGCAGAGAGCCAAGAGAUAAAAGGCAUAUAAGAUUAUAUGUAGAGAAUCUCCAAUGAAUCACUUCUGAAGUUUAGGACAAGGUGAAUAUUAAGAGCUACUUCUGUUACAGUUCUGUACACAACUACCUUUUUGGGCGAUUGUUAAAGUGCCUCAUCUUACAUAUUGCUGACCUCAUACUAUUUAUACUUGACUAUUUGAUAACCCAGUGAUAGUGAUUUUUCAUAUUUGUAAAGGAUUGGACAUCAGACCUAUAUUGUUUAUGUAACUUUUCUAUAACUUAAUUGGUUACAAUAUACAAAUCUUCCAUAAUACAAAUUGUAAAUAGUUUUAAAUGAAUGUUUAUAGGUAACUGUAAAAUGUUUCACUUAAUGAGGAGUUUUAAUACUACGAAUAAACAUGUCUUCUUGACAUAACUUAAA